AUGAGCCGCGUGUACGUACGGCAGUCGACGGCGUCGGUGGAUGCCGACCAGGUGACGCCGGUCGCCGAGGACGAGCCGGAGAACGAGGACGAGGACGGGAACGAGGACGAAGAUGAGGAGCAGCAGGAGACGACCCACACGGGUAGCCUCAGUCACCAGCUGGGCGUCACCAACCCCUGGCUGCUCUCGCAGUUCGACAUCACCACUCGCAAGCAACGCGUGGAGCAGAUCUACAUGCUGCGGGAGGUAAUUUACCAGCUCAAAGAGAAGUUCAACGAGCGGUUCGAGGCGCUGUACAAGUCCAAGUGUGGCGAGGUACACCGCAUCACCGAGUGGGCGCAGCGGCUGCAGCACAUCUACUCGGAGCUGGACAUGAGCGAGCAGCCCUGGCUGCCGCAGUGGUCGGACGCCGAACAACCCGAGACUCUGCUCACCGUGCGGGAUGACGAGGUGACGGUGGAGCGGUACCUGACGCCGGCCGAGCGGGAGCGGCUCGAGGCCCAGGCCGCCGAGGAGGAGCGACGACGGAGUCGUACCUGUCGCGUGUAUGCGUGA